CACAUGAGUGCACCACAGGUUCACGACUGUAUCGGUUGUCAUGACGACCGCCAAAGUAUACGUCAGUCUAUGAUAUAAACACCGAAUCGAUGACUGAAUGCAACGCUAAUUGUGUCCACAAUUGACACCAAUUCUCAGCAAAUCAUUGCAUUUGUAUUGAAAGCACUCAUCAAUUGUCACCACAAUUGUCAUCAACCAGUCAAUCCGUGGCUUAAAUGCCUCCAAACCAGUGCUCAUAUCAUCGAAACUAAUGUCUUAAUUGAAGCCACAGUUUAGCCAACAGUUGAUCCGAAAGACAAUAUGAGAAGACAUUUAUUAUUAGUUUUAUUAAUAAUCUGUUGUUUUCUGUUAAUUAACGCCAAAACGAAAGACAAUGCGAUUAGCGAUGAAAACGAUAGUAAGACUCAAACGAAGACUAAGAGUGAGUCCAAAGUGAUGGACACCGAAGACGGCGCGUCCGACAGACCUCUGAAACGUGUCAAACGUAUCGACGACUCCGCAGACGAUAGUGUGGUUCAGAAGCGGACCGCAGAGGACGACAACAAACCCGCGAGAAGUAGUGACGACUCUAUUGGCGAUCGUGUGAUGAAAGGCACCGAAGAGUCGACUCGAGAGCGUCGGAAGACGUCCUCCGAAGACGAACCGACAGAUAGUAAUAGCGAUGAGAUUAAGGCCGAAGAGUCGGAUGAGGAACAGGAGGUGACCGGCGAUGAGGACGAGCCGGUUGUGGGGGAACGGGAGGAACGGGUGUUGACUGAGAAGGAGAGGCUCGCCGUCCAGUUGUAUGAGUCGGCCGUCGCUCUGCUGAAUACCAGUCGCUCGGACCGGCAAAAGGCGUACGACUUGAUGGCAGAGUCGGCCAAAUUGGACGACGAGAAGGCCAUGGAAUGGGUGGCCAAACAGCACCUCUUCGGCGACCUCUUGCCCAUCGACUUGAGUGUCGCCAAAGACUACUUCCAGAGACUGUCGCUCAGAGGCAACGCCAACGCCCAACUGUUCUUAGGUGUGAUGCACUCCAUGGGACUGGGAGUGACUCCGAGCCAAUCCAAAGCACUCGUAUACUUCACAUUCGCGGCCACGUCUGGCAAUACGUUCGCGCGAAUGGCGCUCGCCUUCAGACACUGGUCGGGCAUAUCCGUGAUGUCCAGCUGCGAGUCGGCCCUCAAUUACUACCGAAAAGUGGCCAAACGGGUCGAACAGGACGUGUCGUUCUCCGGGGGGACAGUCAUACAGCGGGUGCGGCUGUUGGACGAGCUCGAGAACCCGGGCUCUUUCAGCGGCGUUCUCGACGACGAUCUCAUUCAGUACUACCAGUUUCUGGCCGAUAAGGGCGACAUCCAGGCGCAGGUGGGGUUGGGUCAGCUCCACUACCAGGGCGGCCGUGGCGUCGAUCAGGACCACAGCCGCGCCCUCACGUACUUCACUCAAGCGGCCGAAGCGGGUAAUGCCAACGCCAUGGCUUUCCUCGGAAAGAUGCAUUUAGAGGGCAGUCAUGUUGUGCCCCAAAGCAACGAAACGGCGUUUAAGUACUUCUCGAUGGCGGCCGAGAAGGGCAACCCUGUGGGCCAGAGUGGACUCGGACUCAUGUACCUGCAGGGGAAAGGGGUCGACAAGGACUACCACAAGGCUUUCAAAUACUUCUCGCAGGCCGCCACACAGGGCUGGGUGGACGGGCAGCUCCAGUUGGGGCUCAUGUACCUGAAGGGCUACGGCGUCACCAGAGACUACCGGACGGCCAUCAAGUACUUCACGAUGGCCUCCCAGUCGGGCCAUGUGUUGGGCUUUUAUAAUUUGGCGCAAAUGCACGCCUCGGGCACCGGGACGCUGAGGUCGUGCAACACGGCUGUGGAGCUGUUCAAGAGUGUGGCGGAAAGGGGUCACUGGGGGGCGACCCUAAUGCAGGCGCACACCGACUACAAGGAGGGCCGCGUCGCCCAGUCGUACAUAAAAUACGCGCUGAUGGCAGAGCUGGGCUACGAAGUGGCGCAGAGCAACGCCGCCUUCAUUCUGGACAGGAAUGAGUUGCCGGAGCUGUUCGACAAGUCCGAGACGCACACCCGGGCGCUCAUGUACUGGAGCCGGUCGGCAGCGCAGGGCUACUCCGUGGCGAGAGUCAAGUUAGGGGACUAUCACUACUACGGCUUCGGCACUCGCGUCGACUACGAGAUGGCGGCCGCGCAGUACCGGAUGGCCAGCGACGCGCAGCACAACGCGCAGGCGCUCUUCAACUUGGGGUACAUGCAUGAGCUCGGGCUCGGCCUCAAGCGGGACAUACAUCUCGCCAAACGCUACUACGACUUGGCGGCUGAGACCAGUCUCGACGCACAGGUGCCCGUAGCGCUCGCCCGACUCAAACUGGGACUCGUCUACGGCUUGGAGUCGCUCCACGAGUACGACGUCAACGAAGUGCUCGACGGCCUCAACGUGCAGAAGGUGUUGGGCCCCGACUGGGACCUGUACGUCAUGACGGCGUUGGCUAUGCUCUUAGGGUUAGUUAUUUAUUUCCGACGACUCCCUCAGCCCUGACCCCUUGUCGUCAUAACUGAUACAAAGUUUGUUUGUUUUUUAAAUUAAUCGAGUCUUUAAUUGUAUAGAAAUUAUAUAUUUUCCACAAAAAAUCAUUAAAUUAUUUAUAAUAAAAAUAGUAAAACUUAGUCAUUUCGUUGACGUUAAAA